AUGCGCAUCUUCCUGCGCACUAUUCCUAGGUCGCUGAAGUUGGGUCUCAUGCUCUCGGCGUGCGUGCUAACGGUCAUUCUCACAUCUGCCUUGGUUGCGCUGGCGAUCAAGGCUGCCUUUUUCGCGGAGGAGCCCUUUUCGAACGUGUGCAAGACUCACGCCUGCCUCGCCUACUCACAUCGGCUCCGCUCGUCCAUCGACGACUCCGUGAACCCGUGCAAGAACUUCACGCGCUUCGUCUGCGGCGGUUGGCAGAAGGCGAACGAACUCUCCGUGUGGGAGGACCAGUUCAAGAGCGUGCUGGACAGGCUUUCUAAGACGCUGAGCAGCAUCCAAGUGCCGCCGUCUGGACAGAACGAGGAGCAGCGAGCCGCCGCCGUGUACCGCAGCUGCAUGGCCAUACUCGAAGGCAGCAGGGACGAGCUGGCAGCCGUGCGGAAGGCCCUCGACGACGCCGGCAUUGUGUGGCCUCAGCCUUCGAGAGACGCGGACGUGCUCCGCUCGCUUCUCUACGUCGCCAUGAAGCUCGGCUGGGACGUGCUGCUCGAUUUCGAUGUCGUGACGCACGGCGAAGGGGUCGAGCUAGUCGCGAGUAUCGGAAAGCUGUUCCUGUUCGUGGUCAAGAAACACGAGCGCCUGCGCGCGAGCCGUGGCGGCCACGUAUACUUCGACUUUCUCAAAGAACGCUUCAGGCGCAACGACACUGACAGCGUCACGUACGAGCAGAUGAAGAACUUCGAGACCUACGCGCUGCAAGUCGUCAAGUACUCUCGCGGCCGCGCGGCGGCCGCGCAUCGCGUCGAGAGCUUUCUAGAUGCGCCGGACUUGGGGCUGACCGAGGCUAAGUGGAGGGCGGUGCUUCAAGAACUCGACGUGAGCGUGGCCGCACGUGUGUCGGUCACGAGUACGACUCCCGAGUAUGUGGAAUCUAUUCUGCGCGUCUGGAGAUGGAACGGCUCGGAUUCGUUCCACACGUUUGUCUCCUGGUGCACGGUUCAAGCGGCGGCACUCUUCGCGAACGAGGCCCUCAUCCACAAUUACUAUGACACGGAUUAUGAGACGACGAAAGCGUACCACGGACUGUUCUGCGUCACCAGGGCCAUGUACUUCUCCAUACAAGCACCGUUCGCCAGAUACAACGCCGACGUUCUGAAGGGAAACGCAGGUGAAGUGGCCAGGAAUAUGACGCUAACAGUGCGAAGUGCCUUCUUGCGCCGCCUAUCCAACUGGACGUACUUCGACGAGAGCGUAACCGUGGUCGGCAACUGGUCCUCCGUGGCGACGGUCUUCUUCAACUUCGAGCGACACAGCGGUGAGGGCGGAACCGAGAAGCGACUCCAGCUGCCGGACGCGACAGACUCGUUCGUGGACAACUGGAAGCUGUCGGCUCUCUUCAAACGACCACAGGAAGUGGAAGAUACCAUGCAGUCCGUGUACAAGCUGAAUUACCACAUUAUUUUAUACGGCAAGAGGGAUUUCCAGCUGAUGCCGUACGCCCUGUCCUAUCCGCUCUUCGACUCGAGGCUGCCUUCGUCGCUCAACUACGGCGGCUUCGGAUCCGAGGUCGCCAAAGCGCUGGGCAGCUUGUUUCUCUACUCUUACAGUAACGUGUCCGAGUCGCAGUCCAUGAUCGAGUGCAUGCGGGAGGGCGGCUCAAUCGACGCAGGCCAACGGCACGCAGAGCGCACUGUCGGCCUCGGCGCUCUCGUGGACGCUUACGACAGUGUGGCGAGGCGUGCAUCGGACAGCACGGUGCAUGGGCUGGAGAAGUACAGCGGACUGCAGCUUGUCUUCAUCGCGCUGUGCUACGUCCAUUGCAGAGGCCAGGCCUCCAAGGGACCGGGAGAGCCGGUGUGCGAUAUAUCGCUGCGACACGUACCCGAGUUCGCUGAAGCUUAUGGCUGUGCUCCCGGCGACCCGAUGAACCCUCCUAACCGGUGUCCGCUGCUUUGA